CCCCCACUUUACACCUAAAAUUCCAAACUCUAUAAAUACCCUUUAAACUUUCUCUUAUUUAUUUUCUUAUCACAAAAAAAUGGGUUUUAAUAACUUUGUUCAUUUCCCAAUUCUUCUUAUUGUUUUAUUAGGGUGUUGUUGUUUUAUAGCCAAUGCUUCUUUGCCAAACAAACAACAACAACAGGACCAUUUUAAACUGUCAUCUUCCACCACAUUUCCAAAACUUCAAGCGGAAAGGCUUAUUAGGCAACUUAAUUUGUUCCCUAAACACCCCUUUAAUCUCCGGGUCGAAGAAGACGACGGGUUAUCGGUCGAGGAUGAAUCGGGUUUGGUCGAGAAGAGAUUCGAGAUGUCCGGGUUAUUGAGUGGUGACCCGGGUACUACUGUUGAAGAUUUGGGUCACCAUGCUGGCUAUUAUCGUCUUCCUCAUUCCAAAGAUGCCAGGAUGUUCUACUUUUUCUUCGAAUCCCGAAACAAAAAGGAGGAUCCAGUGGUGAUUUGGUUGACAGGAGGACCAGGAUGCAGCAGUGAACUAGCUCUGUUCUAUGAGAAUGGUCCUUUCCAAAUUGCCAACAAUAUGUCUCUCAUUUGGAAUGACUAUGGUUGGGAUAAGGCAUCCAAUCUCAUCUACGUCGACCAGCCAAUAGGAACUGGUUUUAGUUACACUUCUGAUGAUGGUGAUAUCCGACAUGAUGAAAAUGGCGUUAGCAAUGACUUGUACGACUUCCUACAGGCUUUCUUCAAGGCGCAUCCUCAGUACGCAAAGAAUGACUUCUACAUCACUGGAGAAUCCUACGCUGGGCACUACAUCCCUGCUUUUGCUUCUAGAGUUCACAACGGAAAUAAAGCUCGAGAAGGACUUCACAUAAAUCUCAAGGGUUUUGCAAUCGGUAAUGGCCUCACCCAUCCAGAAAUUCAAUACAAAGCAUACCCAGAUUAUGCUCUGGAUAACGGGAUCAUCAAACAGUCAGAACACAAAACCAUCAGCGAUAUGGUUCCAGCUUGCGAACAGGCAAUCAAGCAGUGUGGUACUGAUGGUAAAGAUGCGUGCUUGAGUGCGUACUUUGCUUGCACCAACAUCUUCAACAAGAUCAUGGACUACGCAGGAGACAAAAACUACUAUGACAUCAGGAAGAAGUGUGAGACCAGCUUGUGUUAUGACUUCUCAAACAUGGAGACUUUACUGAAUAAAAAAUCAGUAAGAAAAGCCCUGGGUGUUGGGGACAUUGACUUUGUAUCAUGUAGUACUGAGGUUUAUGAUGCCAUGCAAAUGGACUGGAUGAGGAAUCUCGAAGUUGGUAUUCCUGCUCUUUUGGAGGAUGGGAUCAAGUUGCUGGUUUAUGCUGGCGAGUAUGAUCUGAUAUGCAACUGGCUCGGGAACUCUAGGUGGGUGCAUGCCGUGGAAUGGUCUGGACAGAAGGAUUUUACAGCAGCUCCUACUGCAUCCUUCUCUGUUGACGGCAAAGAGGCAGGACAAUUGAAAAGUCAUGGUUCCCUUGCUUUCCUCAAGGUGCAUGAUGCUGGACACAUGGUUCCAAUGGACCAACCUAAGGCUGCUCUAGAGAUGCUCAAGAGGUGGACACAAGGUACAUUGGCUUUAGCAGAUACAACAGAUAAGAUUUCUCCUGUGUGAUUUCCUGCGUGUCACUCAUGGGUCAGAAGUGCAUGUAGUAAAAUCAAAACCUGCAGCCUGUACACCAGUCUGAUAUGAACGAGCAACUAGCUACUUCGACCCAAAUAGACAUCAGUCUGCUGUACUUGAGAUCUUUUGUAACCCUGAACUUUCAAGUUUAUUCUUUGGAAGCAUACUAAUAAAUUAUACUAUCCUCUGUUCCAUAAAUAAAAUUGUAAGAUCAACUAAUAAAUGUUUCAAAGGAAUGGUGAAUAGGAAAGACAGUUCAACUUCA